UACGUUUAUUUCUAACUAGCCACCGUGGAAUCAGUGGUAUGCACACCUGCUGAGUGUAAAGUUUAUUGAAUGUUCCUAAAACGCUGUUGGAUUUCCGAUUUCCUUUAUACUGAGUAGGAAACAUUUGAGUAGAAAAAUUAAACCUUUUUUUUUUUUUUUUUUUGUUCUGUCAACGUUACAAGUGCGACUUUAAUAUAUUGACCUAUAGAAAGCUAGGCGCCGACAUGCACAGCCAAUCGUAGACAGGAGAAUGCAGUCUGCCAACAACUCAGCCAAUCAGCGAGCUUGAAAGCGGUGACGCAACGGGGACGUGACGGGCGCCUUCACUCCAGCGCGCGAAGAGUUGAAAUAUUUUUUUGAUUCCCUUUUCCGAGGAUCAGGCGGGAGAUGUGUUUUUGCCCCUAGCUUCGUCGGAAAAGACACGAAAUUCCUCCGGGUUUUACGCUGGCCUUCUCGCACUGUCUGUAUGCUCGCGGUUCUCCUGGGUCAGAACCGGGUUUUGUCGUCGCUUUUUUUGGAUUUAGUUUUGAUGAGGUUUUGCGCCGAAUAGAGCUCCAGCGGACAAAAAGAUGAGCCUGCUUCUGUCUGAGCGGCCUGCUGAGAUCCCCAAGGCAGAGAGUGAUUCAGACAGUGGAGUGGGAUCACCCAUGGAGGAAGCUGGGACAGAUGCGGUCACUGCUGUCGUUCCGGCUGAAGAAGCUCAAGAUUCAGACGAUGAUAUUGUCGUGAACCGGAAGCCCCGUUCUCGAAAGGUCCUCCAGGACAGUGACAGUGAGCGGGAGGAAGCUGAGGAUGGAAUGGCCGAGGCUCUGCUGCUGUCUGAAUCCAGCGGUGAGGGGACUAACGGUGGUGAAGGCGAGCAGCCUAAAAAGAGCUGGGGAAAGAAGUUAUCCCGCAUUGCAGUUGCCAGUGAUGAGAGUGAGCCAGAGGAAGAUGAGUGUCAAGAAAAACCUAAGGAAAAGUCCAAAAAAAGAGGGAAGUCACAACGGCGCAAAGAGAAGGAGAUGCGGAGAGGUGCUCUAGUCAAACAGCUGAAAGAGAAGACGAGGACUUCCGAAGAGUCCCCUUUGCCCAAGGUUCUCAAUGACAGUGGUUGUCUGCUGGGUGAUAAUGACUUGUUUGAUGCUCAGCUGGAUGACGACAUGACAGAGGAGGUGAUGGAGGACGAGGAGGAGGAGUCCCUGGAUGCCAUUCGAGCUGUUGUGAAAAAGAAAGCCAAGAACAAGCACCAUUUAGAUGACUCUGAUGAGGAUGAAGAGCAGGAAGGCAAACCCCAGCGCAAGGAGAGGAAAGCAGCGAGAGCGAGUAAGGAGGCGAUGAAACAGCUCCACAGUGACAGCCAGAGGAUCGUUAGAGAUUCUACAGUAGGGCUUCCGUACCAUAUGCCAGAGCCUAAAGGCAUAGACCAUUUCUUCAAGAGAAGAGUCCGUCCCGAUAGACCUGCUAUGGCAUUACUGAAAUCUGCCAAAUACCAAGCCUAUAUUGCAGAAGCCUCUUCAGCAUCCUCUACUACACAAAAUCAGUCUGAAGCACCAGAACAGAACUCGAACCCACAGGCUGAUCUGAACGAAUCUGACCCAAUCAGCAGUAUUCAACAGACCAGUGCUACAAAUGAACUGGAUACUGCUAUUGAAAUCACCGAGGACCAGUCAGGGGUCGGAAGUGUUGAACUCCAAAAACCUGAGGUCAUGGAGGAAGAGAGUGUUCUUCCUUCUGUGGACAUGUCUAAGAGUGCUGAAUCUCCUAAAGAGGAUCAUGAGAUGUCAGAGGUUCAGCUGACUAAGACGGGGACAGGGCAGUCAGGACAGGGUGGCUCUGUGCUGGCUGAGAUCGGAACAGCAGUGCCUAAACCCAAGAAAGAUAAGCUGGCCAGAUUGCGUGAGCUGGGUUUGGAGCCUCCCCCUGUUGCAAAGCUGUGUGCAGACGAUGGCGCUUUUGUCCAGCUGGAGCCGCAGCAGUCUAACCCUGGUCUAGAGGCUUUGAAGAAGCGUUUUCUAAAGCACGUCCAGCCUGCGCCCCGGCCUAAUAGAGAACGAUCGCUCCAUCUGAACGUGGUGAGAAAGGACACCGCUGCAUCUGGACAGGAAGAGCUGCAUACUGAAUCCAUCACGGUCACAGUCAAUGAGGGGGAAGAGAAGCCUAUACACACUAAGCCAGGAGAGAAGCUGGUUUUACUGAAGUCUCGUCUGCAGCAGGCCAUGGCUAUCCGCCGCCAAGAAGAACGAGAGCGUAGAGCUGCCCUUCAUCGGCUGGAUAAUGAGGACUGUGAGGAGGAGGAGGAAGCGGAGAUGACUGAGUCUGAGGAGGAAGAGGGAGUUGAAGAUUUGUUGGGUGAUGGUGACGAUGGAGAGGAAGCCAACGAAGCAGAAAAUGAGGAAGAAGAGGCAGAGGAAGCUGAAGGAGGCAAUACGUUGAAACAAAAUGCCUCUCCUGGUUUUAAAAGCCCAUCUCCCACUCCAUACACCGACGGCACUCUGAUGCUGUUUGCAGGCAGCUCGUGCUCCAGGACAGGGGAUGGUGUUAGGCAGUCUGGACAAGCCAGUCACGAAACUGACAGCAAAAUGGAAGAUGAUGAUGGCCUGUCCUUGAACAAGGACAACAGCCAUAACAGUAGCUUUGAACUGACGAGCUCCACGCUCCCGUCGUACCAGCCAGUGAGCCGCACCACAGGCAAAGGCCUUUCAGCAGCUGUUUUCCGUUCACCCUCGCCCUGCUUCUUCAGACCAAGUUUCCUUGGCUCAGCUUCCAAGAGCUCUGGUAAGCUGUCUGAGCCAUCCCUUACCCUCCCUGUGGAGGAUUCGCAGGACCUGUACGGUGUUCCCUCUCCUGAAGGUGGCGACUCUCAGUGCCCUUUCUCGCAGGAGGAGGACACGCAGUCACAGCUGUUGGAUGCAGAUGGCUUUUUGAACGUGGGACCCCGUGGUGGCCAGAGCCGCUCUCAUAAACGGCAGCUGCUGUUAGAUAGCCUGGAUGAAAACGCCAUGGACGCCAACAUGGGGGAAUUACUGGGGUUCUGCUCAGGUGGCUUUGGCUCAAGGGAACACAGUCAGCCAGGAGGUGAGGAUGAGCUGCUGGGCCUGUGCUCUGGAGCGUUCUCCACCCAGCCUGGAGAAGCUGGCAGACCCAAAGAGGAAACUGGGGCUGUGGAGACGAAAAGCAUAGCCGGGGAGAGUCACGGGAGCUCAGACGCAGACAUGGACCAACUGCUUUCUCUCUGCUCUGGAAAGUUCACAGGCAGUCCUGCUACAUCUCCAAUGCAACGAGGUGCAAGCCCUGUUCUUGAAAAUGAAUCUGACAGUAAGAGCAAGGUGGAGGAGGAGGAGGAGGUAGAGGAAGACAAUUGUGAGUUUCGGCUCAUGCCCGACGUCGACAGCAACAGUGAGAAGGAGGAAGGUGAGGAAGACUCAGAUGGUGAACGAGAGAUAGGCAAUGAGGUAGAUGAUGAGGAGAGGGAUGCAGUAUUCGGGCGACAUAAAGGCAAAAAGAUACGCAUGAACUUUGUGGACUCCGAGGCCGAGCUGUCAGGCAGCGAUGUAGGCAGUGAGGAUGAAGAAGACGAGGAUGGUGAUGAAUACGAAGAAGAGGACAUACAUGAGGAACUCCCGUCAGACGAGGAACUGAUGGACCAAGUCAACAAAAUCCACAUGAAGCAUGUUCUAGAUGACGAUAAACGCAAAUUGCGCAUCUGUCAGGAGCAGUAUCUAGCUGAUGGAGAUCUGCACUCAGACGGACCUGGUCGAGAGCGCCGCUUCCGCUGGAAGAAUAUCGAUGAUAGCUUUGAGCUCAGGGUUGCUGCUGAGGGGGAAGAUGAAGAGGAGGAGGAAGACAUGGAUCAGAAUGAGCUGCAGAGGCAGAAGGAAAGGCUUGAACGAGAGCAGUGGAUAAGAGAGCAGUCUGAAACAUCUAAGAGAGGAGAAGAAGUGGAAGAGGAGGAGGACAAGAUUGGAGAGGAGGACAGUCAGUUUAUGAAGCUGGCUAAGAAACUAACGGCUAAGGCACUCCAAAAGAAAGAGACCUCUUCAGUGGCCCUGCAGGAGAAGCCAGUCUCUAAAGCCAACCCUUUUCAGAAGCCCUGUAAGCCUGUGGUGAGGAGAGGAUCUUUGCUCAGUCAGCCACGGGCAGUGCUGCAGAAACUCGCCAACAUUUCAGAAGGCAACCCUCUAGCUCCUCGGAACUCUCGAGGAUUCCUCUUCCAGACUUUGUCUCCAGAAAAGGAGCCACCUACGUCUGCCAGCCCAAAGAAACAGUUUAAAAAACGAGCUCAGACAGACACUUCGGGACCUGUUGCAAAGCGACAAUGUAGAGAAAACUCUGUGAAAUCCGUCGGACCUCAAAGAAGUAUUUUCAAUUAUUUUGAUAACUGAAGCCGUUUUUGAAGCUUUGUCAUGUCCUGACUCCGGUAAAUUUGGCAUCUUACUUGAUAUGGUGUGGGUUUUUGUAAUCCAACUUGUGCAUUUAUUUGUUUUAAAUGUUUUAACAUGUAAAUAUUGUGUUGUGGAAUUCUGUAUUUUUUAUUUGUA